AUGGACUCGUCUCCGCAAGGCUCACUACCCUUGCUCCCAUCUCAUUAUGUUGUCCUGGCCAUCUCUCCCACCCUCCUCACAUCAGCGGCCAACCCCACUUCGCUCCUCAAACAAGCCUACCAUCGUGCCCUCCUACAUAACCAUCCAGACAAGGACAGAAAACGAGCCGAGGCUGCCUGCGCCUACACCAUAGACCAGAUCUCAGCCGCGUACCGAACCCUGUCCGAUCCCACAGCUCGGUCCGCAUAUGAUGCAGCCCUCCGCCUCUCUAAUAACCCCGCCGUGAUUGGCGGGUCUGGCAUAGAAGGAGAUCCUGAUGCUGUCUUCCGCACUGGCGUCGAAUCUGUUGACCUAGAUGAUCUCAACUACGAUGAAAACAGCGCGACAUGGUCUAGGACUUGCCGAUGUGGCAAUGAGAAAGGGUUCACGUUUGGGGAGUUGGACUUAGAGGAAGCUUCAGAAGUUAGUGAGCUCGUCGUAGGCUGCAGCGACUGCAGUUUAUGGCUACGGGUGUACUUUGCAGUCCUCGAGGCGUAA